AUGUCACAAGGGACUCUGAGGAUGUAUUUAAACAAGAAAGAGCCGUACUCACUCUCAAUGGAAACAAUACUAAGGUUAGCUCUAGAUAUAUCAAGGGGCAUGGAGUACCUUCAUUCACAAGGUGUGAUUCACAGAGACCUUAAGUCAAGUAAUUUUCUUCUCGAUGAUGACAUGAGGGUUAAGGUGGCAGAUUUUGGUACAUCUUUUCUUGAAACGCGAUGCCAGAAAAGCAAAGGGAACUCUGGAACAUAUCAUUGGAUGGCACCGGAGAUGGUUAAGGAAAAACCUUAUACUCGCAAAGUUGACGUGUACAAUUUUGGUAUUGUGCUUUGGGAGCUCACAACUGCUCUACUUCCCUUCCAAGGAAUGACACCAGUGCAAGCUGCUUUUGCUGUGGCUGAGAAGGUAGCAUGGCUAUGCUUGAACUCUAAAUGA